CGUUAGCUCAGACAGACAGGAAUCGCCACAAACGGCAACCAGCGAACGACGUUCACGACCGCACAACCAACGCAGUACCGCCAGCUCGUCAUUGUCGAACCUUCUCGGCCUGCUCCAUGGGCCUUGAGCCGCCUCUUGUAAGCAACAACCACCGGCCCUCCCCCUCCUCCGCCAUGCAAGCUCUUAACAGCUGCAGCAACCAAUCGGCAGGUCUGUAUGACUCGCCGGCGCGGCCAGCCUCGCCCGCGUACGCCAACGACAUGGACGACGUUUCGUCCAGCGACUCCAGCGACAACAACAACGACUCGUCACAAGUCGAACAGCUACUAGUGAACCACUUACGCUUCGCACAUGCGUUCCGCAAGAACGACGCUGCCAUGAUUCUACAGUUUCUGGCCAAGGACGUGACGCUCGUGUCAGUGGACGGCGCGCGUCACGAAGGCCAAUCGGCUGUGCUCGCGUACCUUGUGGGCGCGCGGAUGACCAAGAUUAGCUCAAACUUGCAUAUUAAGGGCUGCCCCACGCGCUCAGGAUCGUGCCAGUCCACUUUCAUCUACGAGCACGGCAUCGUAUUCAAAGACCCGCUGUUCAUGGAGGUGCUGGACUGGAAACCCAGCAGUGGGACGAUCGUGCGGAUAGCUCACGUCGCUCUACCCGAUGCAAAAAGUGGCAAGACUCCAAUGGACUUUGGCAAGUCGUCGCCGCUGAGACUUUCGUUCGGAACCAGAAUGUCGGACGAGGAAGAUCCGAGCGAAUAUUACGAGGAUUCGGACUGCAGCGAGACGUGGGAGUCCGAGAACAACCACAACAACAACAACAGUACCAUAAAGGUGCGAUGUCGACGUCUCAAGUCCAACAGCUCAGCUGACUGCAGUAGCGUCGCCAUGACUGCAGUUACGGCGGCAAGUUUGAGAUUAUCCAGCUCCAGCAGCAGCAGCCAAAGUGGAGCCAACGAGGUGGCUGUGCAGCCACUAGCAUCUGAUAUUGUGGUCUGUACAGGCGGCAAAAAGUACAUGCCGACGAUCUCGCUGGCUGAGAUUUCGUGCAGGGGGCUCACUCCUAUCCGUAAGCGCAAGACUGUGAACCCAUUCGUGCUUCUCCAGUGUCCGCAGACUGGAUCAGUAUGGAAGAGCCCCGUCAUGCGUCGAGACCCGAAUCCAAAGUGGAACCAUAUCCCAAUGAAGAUUCCCGCCCACAACCUCGCCGACGUGGUGGAGAUCUCGCUCUGGGACCACUCGUUCUUCCGUUCGGUCAAGGUGGCUGGAGCGGCUCUUGUCGUGUCCGAUCUCCUCAAGGACAACGUCGACUUCAGCACCAUUAUCCAGUUGGAAAGGUGGACCAGUCCGAGCUAA